GCAGCCGCUUUAUAUCUUUCUGAAAAAAGGCAGGCUGUGUUACAGACAGCCGAGUUCUUCUGCUCCCACACCAACUGGUUGUCUUCAAGGACACAAUAACCACACGGCAAGAUGUGCAAAGGAUUAGCAGCCUUACCCCACACAUGUCUGGAGAGAGCCAAAGAAAUCAAGACAAAAUUGGGCACGCUCCUCCAGAAGCCAGACUCAUCUAUUGACCUGAUUAUCCCUUACCCAGAGAAGCCGGCAAAGGUUCAGAAGCCUUCCCCAGAAGAAGCUUGGCAGUGGCGCAAUUCCUUGGAAAAGCUCCUACAAAACCCUUAUGGCCUUGCCAGCUUCCGGACUUUCCUCCAAUCUGAAUUCAGUGAAGAGAACAUUGAAUUCUGGAUUGCAUGUGAAGAUUAUAAGAAGACCAAACUGCCUACCAAAAUGGCUGAAAAGGCCAAAAAGAUCUAUGAAGAGUUUAUCCAAAGCGAGGCUCCUAAAGAGGUGAAUAUUGACCAUUUUACCAAGUCAGUGACCAUGAAGAACAUGGUGGAACCAUCUGUAAGCACUUUUGACCUGGCCCAGAAGAGAAUUUUCAUGCUGAUGGAGAAGGAUUCCCUGCCCAGAUUUGUGCGAUCCAACUUAUAUGAAGAGUUAGUAAAAUAGCAAUGUGGCGAGCUGUGCAAGGCAUUGGUACACCAGCGUAGGGUCAUUGCUUCCUCCAAAUACUAGUUAUCAAUAUGUGUUAUUUAUAUGGAUA